GCCCUGCGUUCGCGGCCCCGCGGGGGCGGCCUCCGGGAGGACGCGAUGAUCCUCGAGGAGCGGCCGGACGGCCAGGGCGCCGGCGACGACAGCGUCCGCAAGGGCUGUGACGCCCCAGAGCAGAGCCACCGGGCCCGGCUCCACCAGCAGAUCAGCAAGGAGCUGCGCAUGCGAGCUGGCGCAGAGAACCUCUACAGAGCCACCAGCAACAAUCAGGUCAGAGAGACGGUGGCCCUGGAGCUGAGCUACGUCAACUCCAACCUGCAGCUGCUGAAGGAGGAGCUGGCGGGGCUGGGCAGCAGCACUGAUGUGGACCAGCCCGGGGGUGAAGGGGUCACCGUGCCCAUGAUCCCCCUGGGCCUGAAGGAGACCAAGGAACUGGACUGGGCCACACCCUUGAAGGAGCUGAUUUCCCAGCACUUUGGAGAGGAUGGCUCCUCCUAUGAGGCCGAGAUCAGGGAGCUGGAGGACCUGCGGCAGGCCAUACGGAGCCCCCGCCCGGACGAGGCAGGCCUGGAGCUGCUGGCUGCCUACUACAACCAGCUCUGCUUCCUAGACGCGCGCUUCUUCAGCCCCACGAGGGGCCUGGGGCUGCUCUUCCACUGGUAUGAUUCCCUCACGGGGGUUCCGGCCCAGCAGCGGGCCCUGGCCUUUGAGAAAGGCAGCGUGCUGUUCAACAUCGGUGCCCUCCACACGCAGAUCGGGGCGCGCCAGGACCGCUCCUGCGCAGAGGGCGCCAAAUCUGCCAUGGAGGCCUUCCAGAAGGCUGCUGGGGCCUUCCGACUCCUGAGGGAGAACUUCUCCCAUGCGCCCAGCCCAGACAUGAGCGCCCCCUCCCUCUCCACGCUGGAGCAGCUGAUGGCUGCCCAGGCCCAGGAGUGCGUCUUCCAGGGCCUCUCUUUGCCAGGCCCCACGGCUCCACGGGGCGGCCGGGCCCAGCUGCGCCUGGCUCAGGAGGCUGCCCAGGUGGCUGCGGAGUACAGGCUGGUGUACGGGGCCAUGGCGCAGCCGCCCGUCCGAGACUACGUGCCUGCCUCCUGGACCACCCUGGUGUACGUCAAGGCUGAGCACUUCCAAGCCCUGGCCCACUACCAUGCGGCCGCGGCCCUCGGCGGCAGCUCCCCAGCCGCAGGGGAGCUCCCUGAGUAUGAGCAGGUCUUCCAGGCCCCAGCCCCCUGUGAGUCUCGAGACCCCAUGCUGCCCCAGCAUCCGGAGGAGCGCAGGAAGCUGGCCAAGGCCCACCUGAAGCGUGCCAUCCUGGGCCAGGAGGAGGCCCUGCGGCUGCACGCGCUGUGUCCCGUCCCUCGCAAGGUGGACCUGCUCCAGGCCGCCGUGGCCCGGGCCCUGCGGCGCUCGCUGGCCAGGUACUCGGAGCUGGAGCGUGAGGACGACUUCUUCGAGGCCGCCGAGGCCCCUGAAAUCCAGCCUAAGACCCACCAGAAGCCUGAGGUGAGGAUGCCCAGUCUGCCCCAGAGGAAGGUAGCAGACAUCUUCCACCGUGUGGGGCCCUUGUCGGUGUUCUCAGUCAGGAACCGGUGGCGGCUGGCGGGGCCUGUCCACCUGGCCCGUGGGGAGCGCGGUUUCGGCUUCACACUCCGGGGAGACUCGCCCGUGCUCAUCGCCGCCGUCACUCCUGGCGGCCAGGCUGCGGCGGCCGGCCUGAAGCAGGGGGACUACAUCGUGUCUGUGAACGGACAGCCGUGCAAGUGGUGGAAACACUCGGAGGUGGUGGCACAGCUGCAGGGCGGGGGCGAGGCAGGGGCGAGCCUGCAGGUGGUGUCACUGCUGCCCAGCCCUGAAUCACGCAGUGGGGGGGAGCGCUGGCCAGCUCUUCUGAGAACCCAGAGAGAGGGUGGCCCCGAGACCUCAGUGGCUGCACACACCGGCGCCGGUUCCCGGCCUCUCCUCGGCUGGAGCCGCAAGGCCAAGCUGGGCAAGACGGGCAGCCUCGGCCCGGCCCGCCCCCGCGAGGACCACCGCACCUGCCCCUGAGCUGGGCCCUGGCACACCGGUCCAGGCCGGCCGCAGCGACCCCCUGAUCCCUUCUUCUGUCUGUCCUCGUGCUGGGAAGGUCAGGUAGUGUCCGCCCCGCCUGCUAAAGACGCUCCGAGGAGGAGCUCUGGGCUCACCGGAGCUUUCCGAGUGCACGGGAGCUCAUGGGAGCACACCGGAGCUCACCGGAGCUCACCAUGCCCCGAGGAGGGCGGCAGUGACCCCAGGCUCCCUGGCUCUCUUGACACUGUUCCACGUAGGCUGAUGCUGCCCCUGUGGCAGACCCUGCUGACCCCAGGCCCACCUCCCUGGGUCCCCCACCCUGCUGCCAUCUUGGCUGUGGCCUAGAGGUCCAGCCCCUCUAGGCAGUGGCUCUCAGCUCUCAGCUGUAUGGGCCAGGUUUUGCCCGGUGCAGUUCUGCUGGGUGUCCCCCACCCCCCAGGCCCAGCCUCUCCCCUGCUCCUUGAUCCCGGCUCUCAACACCCUGCAGUCCACCCCAGAGGCUGCCGGCUGCCCGCAGCCCCCCUGCCCUCCCCGCCAGGGGCUGCAGCCCUGCCGAGAGCACGGACCGCUCCUGGAGGCAGGAUUGCUGCCUGGGCCCCCGGCGCCGGGCCUGGCCGCCCAAGGAGACAGGCUGCUCCCUAUGGCAAUAAAGAGCUGGAAUGUA